AUGUUCGACCUUUGGCCGGUCACGACUGUCAACGGAUUUCAGGGACCGGUCAUGGAAGAAUACUCCUAUGGUCUAUUGGUAGUAAACCCAGCAUCCAGGGCCCGCUCCGACGCUUUCACCGAGAUGUCGAUGGAGCUUCCUGAACAUGGGACAGUUGUGGUGGUCACUGAGAGGCGUCGGAAACAAGGCUCCACGACCGUUUCAACUGCUGUGGGUAGGUGGAUCGGUACAGUUAUAGAUUCUCCUAAAUUCCUGUAUGAGGCUAAGAUUCCUCAGAAUCUUGUUUGCAUUCGGGUGAAGAGACCUGAUCGCCUUCCUUCCACUGGUCACGUUCUUCAGCUCACCGGGUGUGUGAACGUUGAACUCGACAGCCGCGGGUUUGUUCGAACAAGUAACGCUAUUUGGUAUGCAAUGGAAUGUAACAAGGAUCUGGAUAUACCAUCGAACAGCCCUUUGAAGAGAAUCUUGUUGGCACACGACAAUGAGACCAUCGCCCUGCAUCCCAGCCACGGACAUCUCAGCGCCCCGAGCGCCGCAAGCUACGUUCAGUUUGUUGAGAAAUACGUGAAUCCGGAGCAGCUUGACGCCAUCAAGUCCGCUCUGUGUGAAGGGUCCGGAAGGCCGGAGAUCUAG